AUGAGGCUCAAGAAAAUGAGGUUUGCAUUUGCUCCCAAAACCAGCCUACCCAUUUUAGAAUUUCGUAUGGUAAACUCUUGUAAUGGUUUACUUUGUCUGUCUGGAGAAAGUAGAGAUGACCCUUCGUAUGUGUGCAAUCCAAUUUUGGAUGAGUUCAUCACCAUCCCACCUAAUUACAAGGGCAGGUGCAGGGCCCCUCUUGAUGGAUUUGGUUUUAGCGUCGAGACGAAUCAGUACAAGGUGUUGCAACCUUUUAUCCGAUGGUCGACCCGGAGUGUCGCUCAAUCGACUACCUUGAGGUUGAGAUAUACUGUAUACACCAUAGGAACGGGAGUUUGGAGAAGCAUUGGAAAUGCUCCUAGUGACUUAUUUAAGUUUCCCUUCAGUGCCCUUUUCCAUGAAGCUCUUCAUUGGGUCUCCCUUGCUGUUGAAAGUGCUGAAUGCAUACAUUCUUUCAGCUUUGAAACCGAGCAAUUUCGAUCACUACCCUUGCCUAGCAACUAUGGAAGAGUAAAGAGAGAAUUUCAUGAUCUUUUAAAGUUGGGAGUUUUAGGAGGUUGUCUUGUUUUAUGUGUGUUUGGUGCUUCCAGGGAACUUGACAUGUGGGUUAUGAAAGAUUAUGGUGUCCAAGAAUCUUGGAACAAGAUUCUUGUUAUUGAAGACUUAUACAUGAAAGAUGUGUCCUGUCACUACACUGAACCAGUUAUGAUUUUGAUUGAUGGGCAAAUCCUCAUGGCGUUCAACGGUCGGGAUGUGGUUUUUGAUAAUCAAGAGAUAAAGAGUCUCGGGAAAUCUCAAAUUACUCCGACUGGGUCAGCGUUUGAUGCAACUUCUUACAGUGCAUGCUUUGUUCCACUCUCCAAAGUUUUUAAAGAAGAGGAGGUGAAAAGAAAUAUUUUCCAUCCUGAGUUCUGCUUACCUCCCUUAAUAUUGCAUAAGAAAGCAUGGAAAAUAAUGGUAUACAAUCUCAACUUCUCAUCAGGUUUGAAGAUGUGA